AUGCUUCGUCUUUUUGUGUAUCGCCCUCCCGUCACGAUGCGUUCUACUAGUGAGUAGUUCUUCUAAUUUCAUCUGCAUGCUCAACGUUACGACAGUUAUGUUCCAAAAUUAUUUGCUAUGGGAACAAUACUCAGAGUGGAAUCUUCAAUAUUACAAUUGGAAUGUCCUUUGGAUUCUCGUCCAAUACAACUAGUUUUUCGAGAUUUACAAGUAUUUAGAGAGAAGCGUGUUCUUCUUCGCGACGUUGCUGGAGUGGUUAAGCCUGGUGAACUUUUAGCUGUUAUGGGACCAUCAGGAUGUGGAAAAACAACAUUAUUGAAUUGUUUGUCAGGGCGGGUAGGUUUAGAUAAUGGAGAAAUAUGGUUGAAUCGAGAAAGGUUAACGAAACGAUGGCGUCGUCGAAUCUGCUACGUUCAACAGCAAGAUGUUUUCUUUCCCGAUUUGACUUUACGUCAGACACUUGAGUACCAGGCACGAUUGAGGCUGCCAGAUACUCUUUCGCAAGCGCAGAAAAUGCAAUCCGUGGAUCAUAUUAUCGAAGUUCUGGAUCUUACUGGCUGCCAAGAUACAAUUAUUGGGGAUCAUACAAAGCGAGGUCUUUCUGGAGGAGAAAAAAAGCGAACAAGUAUAGCCUGCGAAUUACUCACAAAUCCAUCGUUAAUGUUACUUGACGAACCAACAAGUGGUUUGGAUUCAUACUCAGCUCAAGCGUUAAUUUCAAGACUGAAAAGGUAUGCUGUACAAGAAGGCAAAAGUAUAGUAAUUACCGUGCAUCAACCGAGCUCUAGAAUGUUUCAUAGUUUCGACAAGCUUUUAUUGCUUAGUCGUGGUCAAGUCGCGUAUUAUGGUUCAACAGCAAGUAUCGGAAGAUUUUUCGCCACUAUUGGACUAACUCUACUUCCUCAUUAUAAUCCUGCAGAUUUUAUAAUGGAACAAAUAAAAGGACCAGAAGAAGUAAGAGAACGUAUUAUUGCAGCAACUAGAGCCAUGAGGCAAGGAUCAGAAUGCCCACCGGAACUUCAUGCUGACUAUAAUCCCAGUCAACAUCCGAUUUGUGAUCAUUUCUUUCAUUAUCAUGAACACCAUAUCACAAAUAACGCAAAAGAGGAUGAAGGUCGAACGUUAUGGUUGGAUACACAAAGUCAUGCAAGUAGUAGUGCCAGCUCAACGGAUGAAGAUUAUUAUUGGCAAUGGCCAACAAGUUUUUGGUCUCAAUUUAAAGUGUUAUCUGAAAGAAAUUUUCAAGAAGCUCGACCCCGAAUGUUGUCACGACUUAAUUGGUUCCAAACAAUUGCACUGGGAAUUUUAGCAGGUCUUCUUUGGCUUCGAUUACCACGAACUGAAGCAGCGCUCCAUGAUAUUCAAGGAUGGAUGUUUUUUAGCACCACAUAUUGGAUGUUAUUUGCACACUUCAGUGCUCUUUCUAGCUUUCCUCCUGAACGUGAAGUUAUCAAUAAAGAACGUUUAUCAGGAUCAUAUCGGCUUUCAGCAUAUUAUUUAGCCAAAAUGGUUGGUGAACUACCGCUAACAAUACUUUUGCCGGCAGUUUAUCAUAUAAUUAGCUAUCCUAUGCUAGGCUUUCACUGUCCAGCAGUUUUUAUCACAUUACUCGCGUUUUUACUUCUAAACACUGUAGUGGCACAGAGUGUUGGUUUUUUCGUUGGGGCUUGUUGUUUGGAUCUUCAAGUAAGCAUUACAGCCUCUGCACUUUACACUCUGGCUACACAAUUAUUAGGUGGUUACCUUGCUACUUCUGUCCCACCCUGGCUUGCCUGGGCACGUUACACUAGUAUGGUACACUAUGCUUACCAAAACAUGCAAAUAGUUGAAUUUGGAUUUGGUGAGCCCAUCGCAUGCUCACAACCAAGUAAAUUCCAAGAGUGCAAAAACGGAACAACGAUACCUGUUUCAGCAAUAAUUGAAAAUCAAAAUGGUGUUCGGGGAUCUGGUUUACCUCUUUGGUCUAACACAGCUGUUCUUUUAGCAUUUUUGAUGAUAUUUCGAGCACUUGGGUAUCUUGUUCUUCGUUAUUAUCGAAUACCCAAGUAAUUAUUUAACUAGUUUGAUUAGCCCUGAUGUAUACAGACCUCACUCAUUAUGGUUUUAUAUAAGUUAUCGAUAUCAUUAUUAUACUUUAUUAUAAGAAGUAUGAUCAUCACUACACUAUUUGCAAGCUUUAGCAUUAAUUAAUGUGAAGAAAUUUCUUUCUAGUUUUAUUAAUAACUAUAUAUUACUAAAAUAUUUGGAACAUUAUUGAAAUAUAAGCACUAAUUAAACUCGCAAAUAAGUCAAUUUUCACACAC